AUGGCUAUAUCAGAAGACGUGGACACCAGACUUUCCCUUAUUACAGCUUUUCACGGCUGUUGGGUUUGUAAAGAUGCUAAUAUCACAAAGGUACAGAAUCAGAUACUGUCUUUCUGCAGUGGAUACCGAUCCAUUGGUGAAAAUAGGGUACCAUUCAACUUUACUUUGUCUCAUAAUGCCUCAGGACAAAUUUCAGACAUUGAUGGACCAUUAGACGACCAGUCUCAUCCAGCAUCAAUGGGAACUCCUUUAGUGGAGUUCUAUAAAUCGAAUUACCUCUUCUCAUUCUAUGAAGACAUUGAUUACGAGACAAGUCAAAUAAACGGUGCUAGAAUGGUUAUCUCCUCUUUAAAUACAGCAUCCUUGACACCUUUUAGUGCAGCUUCUAACUUUGAUAUAUGUACAAAUAUGACUCACGGAAAAAUCCUAAAUGUAGAACCAGAUGGCUCUUUUGACGCUGGUUUGACAUGGAAAAAUGCCUAUUACAUAGCAGAACCAAUCAUCAAACGUCCCAAGUGGACAGAUAAGAUGAAAGAUCCGUCCUCUGCGACUCAAUGGACGGUCUCUGACUAUGGUAAUCAGAAUCUCUACGUACCUGAUUGGGGAGAACGUGUUUCAGACUUUACUAAUCCACGUGUAUAUGCUUGGAGCUUCGAUAUGCCAAACUCUAUCAAUUCUGAACCAUUUGAACUAGAUUUCAGUUUUCGUAAAACUCAUUCAGUCUUUUCUCUAAGACUCCUUCCAAACGAAAUGGCUCUGGUUGUCAAUGCUCUUGAAAAUGACCCUGUAAAGCUCGGUUAUUCUUAUUGCCUUGCACGCCCAUCCAAGAUAAUUCUUUGUAAUAUGACUCCUUCUGAGCCUGUGGGAUCUUAUCGUCUUAAAACUGCAUCCGAGAUUACUAUUUCUCCCCCAGAUGAAUAUGUUAGAGGGGUACAGGUCAUUGUUACAAAGGCUGAUUCUCUAAUUAAUAAAUGUACUGUAUUGUAUUUUUCGAUACCUUCUAAUCAGCGUAAUAUACCUCAUUGGUCCUCUAUGCAGCUUUGCGCUCAAGAUCUCGUACUUAAUGGUUUAUCUUGGGCUCCAGCUGGGGAAAGAAGGAUUUGUGUCCCAACCCAAAAUGAACCUGCUCCAGCAAAUGAUCCUCUCAAGUUUAAAGGAUUUUCUGGACUUUUUGGUUCCUCUAUUUUCAAACUCAUUCCUCUUAAUGGCUCGGAUUGGGUGUUUACUUCGACAUAUCUUGGCAGCCGAGUAGUUCCAGUUGCUAUUAAUGUUUCUACUAAACAAGUGUGUAGAAUUGAUUUGGCAGUAAUGGGUGACUCGUAUGAAGGUGAUCUGGAGAUUCUUUCUGUAAGCUUUGGGCCUAAUAACGCAACAGUUUUCGCUACUCUAAACCUGGUUUCUCCAACAAUGCCAUCUUUGGUAAUGAUUGUACAGAUGAGUAUGAAUCCAACACGUAAUAUUAUUAGUGCUCAAAUCAUUAAAUCUGUGAGCUCUUUUGGAAGGAAUUCAGAGGCUUUUGCUUCAUCUCUUGUAAAAAAGGCCCCGGAAGCUCCAUUGUUCAACAAUACAUUCAAACUUGCGAGAGUUUUAGACCAGAUUGAAUUCUUUACAUUCAGGGACAAGCAUUUAGUGAUUAGAAACAAGACUCAAUCUACGCCUACUACAAAGAAGAGUCCACUUCUAUUGUUUCUUCAUGGAGGCCCACACUCACUAACAACAUCAAACUAUAACUUCUUCUUUACUUUCUUGGUUAGUAUUGGUUACACAAUACUCGCUCCAAAUUUCACAGGAUCUGUUGGCUUUGGAGAUGAUUACACAAGAUCUCUUAUUGGUCACAAUUUUGAAACUGAUAUUAAGGAAAUUAUCUAUCUUGCAGAUACAAUUAGAUGUAUUGAAGAAUUAAAUAUAGAUCCAAAAAAAUGUUUUGCAUAUGGUGGGUCAUAUGGAGGAGCCUUGAUCUAUUCAAUUAUCACAAGUUAUCCUGGAUACCUUACAUGCGCUGCAGUAACUAAUGGUUUUGCUAAUACGAUAUCUUUAAUUGCAACAUCUGAUAUUCCUGACUACGUGUUUUCUGAGUUUAUUCCAGAGACUUCACAAUCUGAAGAUAAUAGAAUUACUAUACUUAGAGACAACGAAACUUUGAUUAAGUUACAUUCCAAAUCUCCAAUAUCUUUGGUAGAUAAAGUUACUACUCCAUUACUAAUAGCUGUUGGAGGUGAUGAUAGGAGAGUACCAGAUACACAAUCUAUUGAGUUUUAUAGGGCCCUAAAAAAGUUUGGCAAGAAAGACGUAAAAAUGCUUUACUAUCCUGACUCAGACCAUUCUAUCCGUGUUACCAAUGAACCUUUUGACUUGUAUUUGAAUGUAGCAAAUUGGUUCGGCCUUCAUUCUGGAAUUCCCUUUGUUUUUCAUGGAGACCUAUAA